GGAGAAGUAGACUGCAUCUUCUGGCUGUGAAUAGGUAGGCAUUAGAACAAGCAUAGCAUAUGUAUUGAAGAAAAAGCUGACAAAUGUACGGAGGCCUGUUCGGCGAUUUACCCGCGGCGAAAAAAUCCAGGAACGAUGCGAGUAGUCAUACCCACUCGGGUAUCUCGGAUCACAGUCCGUCUCUGUGUCCCGAUACAGCAUGUGCGCCUUCAGUUCUAAAUGGGGAGCACAAUCAAGGAGUGGCAGCAGCAUACAUGAACUUUGUACCUACGGUGGCACGAGGGCGGCGACGUGGCGAUGUCAACAGCAAACCCAGCACUGAGCCGCUACUGAAUCCUCCGAGAGCAACUGUCGACGUCGCACAAACGAAAUUGUCUUCGGCACCCAUCAUUACGACUUUCUUCAAGCCAAAUUUGCGAGAACACGAUGAUCCAUCGAUGGAAAUCAAGGCCUCAUCGAAAUUGGCAGCCGACCAAUUUGAAUCGGAGGAAAGUGUCAGUCCAGUCCUCUGUGCGGAGUCUGAGGAACUGCGAAACCUGCAUGAAAAGGCCACCGAAGACCCGUAUGAUCCUAUGGUACCGAACGAUUUGCUGCAGUACUGGGAUCACAAAUCUAUGUCUCGUGAACGAGAACGACUGGAAAGAGAACGUCUGGAAACCAUGGAAGCGCAAAAGCGAUUAUGCGAACAACUUGAACGAGAACGCCGGGCGCUGACGACUUCUGGAGACGUCGCCAAGAUUGCGGACCAACAUAUCAAGCGCAGCUUUGCGGGAGGUAGAGGACGAGGAUUGUCAAAUUUACCUGCAUGGCUAGUUGAGCAGCAAAAAAGCGAGAGCAGUGUCGGUGAAUGAGGAUUAAUGAGAAUUACCGCAAGACACAUUAAAUCUACCGGGGUUCUAAUUUGCACUCUGCAUACUCACGAGCAUGAAGGAGCGAUCCAUGCGAGUACGAACCACAGGGCUGUGCCAAUCAAGUGAACUACACUCUUCUUCAUUUAAAUAAGGAAUACGGAAUGGGUAGCCUCGUCUGCUGUCGAUCGAAAGAGCCGCUUCAACCAGAUGUCAUGUCCUCCCUAGAGUAGGCGUCAGGGCUCUAUACCUUAGAUUUAAUCAACAGUAAAAGGCCUUCUCAAAAGUUAACUUUCC